ACGCGCGCGAGAUUUGUUCUUGAGACGUUAACGCGCGCGAGAUUUAAUAUGGUUUGUUGUUUUGGUGUGCUAAACGCAGGCUGGUUUGCGCGUUUUUCUUUUCUUGAGAUGUUUCGUGAAACCAUUCGCAGUCAUGGAAUGAAUUUCGAAAAGAAUAAUUUAGCUCGAUAUUAGUGGAAUAUCACAGGUAUCAAGCUAGUUUUAAGUUGUUUAGUUUGCUAGCGAGCUGCCCGUGAUGUUAACAGAUAAAUAUGGCAGUGCUUAUGUAACUGCGAUGGAGCCAAAGCCCUCAGCAGCAGUGGUGCUUAGUGCUGUACCUCCAUACGGACAUGUCCUCAUCAACGCCAAGUGGAGGGGCUCCACACUAGUGCAGCAUUUUAAAGGGAAUGUGAAGACUGUCUUUGAGGAGGAGCUUGGUGUUGUGGACCUUCACCUCAGUAACAAAAGUUGUGUCCUGUAUGUGUCAGAAAGUGACUUGGUGGCAGGGAAUGACUACAAAAGGAAAAUCGUUCGAUUCAGAAAUGUAAUUAUGUUGCAGGCCAAUAGUAACUUCCAUGGGAUUGUUUUGGUGGAGAAGACUCGUCUCACUGAGCAAUACUUCAGUGGACUGCAGAAGUUUGUGGUUUUGGAGCUGGGCCUGACCCUGCUGCAUGUCCCAGGUCCUGGUGAAGCAGCUCAACUGAUUGCACAGAUGGUGCAUGGCGAGAGCAAGGAGAACCCAUUCCGCAGGAGAAGCACAGCCAGACUGCUGGACCCAGUGGUGCUGAACCUGGUACAGCAGAUCCCUGGGGUUGGCAAGGUGAAGGCCAUGGCCCUACUCCAGCACUUCUCUAGCAUCCAUAAGAUCAGCAAUGUCUCAGUUGAAGAGCUGGAGACUGUUGUUGGGCAGGCCACUGCUCAGCACAUCUGGGCUUUUUUCCAUGAUAUACUUCCAUGAUAUUCUGACACAUGGCACUGUGUAGAGACUUUCACAGAUGACUUAUCUGUUCUUUGCCAUGUGAAGACUCUAACCUAAUGCAAACAAAUAGUCAAACUCCAAGGCCAUAAAAACUUAAUAGAAUUUAGUUCUUGUUCAAGGAAAAGUGAAUUGUUUUUUUGUUCUGGCAAGCCGAAGAGUUCCAAAACAUUGUUCUGCAGUGCAAUUAAUAAAAUUUGGAUAAGCUGUU